AUUCACUCGGAUACAUGUGUUGAUCAAAGGCCACUUGCACACUCGUGCUUGCAUAGAAACGCCACCGUCUGUUGGGUGUGUUGCAAGCAAAGUAAAUCUUUGUCGACAUGGCGCUCGCCCGCGCGUUCGCGUCCGUGGCCGCGGUCGCUCGCCAGGGGGAGAGCAAGCUGAGCUUUGCGAGCAGGGCCUUCGCCAGCAGCACCACCGUGAACGGCGUUCCCGUUGAGGUGCACAACGAGGGCGGCUCUAAGCGCGUGGUGGUCACCAAGACCCUGCCCGGCGAGCGCUGGCUGCAGUUCCUCAUCAACGCCGGCUGCCGCGUGGAGGUGUCCCAGCACCCCGACAUCAUCCUAUCCAACGCCACCAUCAAACAGCUCAUCGGCACCAAGUGCGACGGAGUCAUUGGGCAGCUGACCGAGGACUGGGGCGCUGAGCUGUUUGAGGCGCUCAAGCAGGCGGGUGGCAAGGCCUACAGCAACUACGCAGUGGGCUACAACAACGUCAAGGUGGACGAGGCUACCAAGCGGGGCAUUCCCGUGGGCAACACGCCAGGUGUGCUGACGGAGACGACGGCGGAGCUGGCCGCCGCGCUGACGCUGGCUGCUGCUCGGCGUGUGCCCGAGGCCGACGUGUUCAUGCGGGCGGGCAAGUACAAGGGCUGGCUGCCCAACCUGUUCGUGGGGCAGCUGCUGCAGAACAAGACUGUGGGCAUCAUCGGCGCUGGCCGCAUCGGCGCCGCCUACGCACGCAUGAUGGUGGAGGGGCACAAGAUGAACCUGGUGUACUUCGACCCCUACCCCAACAAGCAGCUUGAGGAGUACAUCCGGCUGUACGGCGAGCUGCUGCGGCACCGCGGCGAGCCGCCCGUGGCGUGCAAGCGCGUGGAGACGGUGGAGGAGGUGCUCAAGGAGGCGGACGUUGUAUCGCUGCACUGCAACCUGGACGCCAGCACUCGGCACCUGAUCAACUCGCAGCGUCUGGCGCUCAUGAAGCCGACGGCGGUUCUGGUCAACGCGGCCCGCGGGCCCUGCAUCGACGAGGCGGCGCUGGUGGCGCACCUCAAGGCCAACCCCGAGUUCAGGUGCGGCCUGGACGUGUUCGAGGACGAGCCCGCCAUGAAGCCCGGCCUGGCCGACUGCGCCAACGCCGUCAUCGUGCCGCACAUCGCCUCCGCGUCCCUGUGGACCCGCAGCGGCAUGGCCACGCUGGCCGCCGCCAACGUUGCCGGCAUCCUGUCCGGCUACCCGGUGUGGAACAAGCAGGACAUCCUGGGCUUUGUGGACAAACCGCUGGCCGCCGCGCCGCUGGCCGCUCCCAGCAUCGUCAACGCCAAGGAGCUCAAGCUUAAGACCGUGGCGGAGUAGAUGACGGGUAGAUGGCGGCAGAUAGAUGCAUCUUGCAUUGGUUACAUGAGGGACCUGCUGACGCAGCUCAUGAGCCAGGGAACGCGCGGCCGAGUAAAAUGGCGGCUGAAGAGUAGGGUUACGCUUGGGUUUGGAGGAACAAAGGCAAGAGCUGGGGAAGUGGAGCUGGUUGGCUUAGCUUAUCAACACGUAAUAGAUUACGGUAGUAGGCGGCUUGGAGUCUUGGUGAGCAUUCGUGUGUGUUCAUGGGGGGUCGGGGGCGAGAGCUCGCCGCAGUGCGUGGGGCGGUGGGAAGAUUGUAAGAGGAGCUCCGU